ACCGCCGCCGCCUCCUCCCUUUCUCUCGGUCUGUCUCUCCCGGCCCGGAAUCCAACCGGCCGCCCCGCCGGAGCGGCCAGGCCGCCGCCCGCCAGCGCCGCGCGCCCCGCUGGGGUCCGUCCGGGCGCGUCCGGAGCUCGCGGUCGCCGCGCAGGACAGAAUACGGAGGCCAAGAGUGCUGAGAGACCUGUGUAGCCAUGACAGGCUGAGCCAGGAGCUGAACCAAGGCAGGCACACAGGGACCCCUUCAACAUAUCCAACUAGAACAUUGUGCACAUUGGUCAAUCUCUCCUCAUCCCCUCUUUUCUCUUUCCUCCUCAACCUCUGUGUCUCUGCAGGUGCGGAUGUUGACACCCAAAGAAAGGGAGCAGCUUGCCUAGGGACACGGAGCAGGAGAGGUGGAGCAGGGUCUUUAGGCCAAGACCCCGGAUACCACAGCUGGUGUCUGCACCAAGGCCCCAGACUGCUCCCCAGAUCCACUGGGGUAGCCCUGCUACCUAUCAGCCAGAACCAUGGGCAGCAACAAGAGCAAGCCCAAGGACGCCAGCCAGCGGCGCCGCAGCCUGGAGCCCGCGGAAAACGUGCACGGGGCAGGGGGCGCCUUCCCGGCCUCACAGACACCAAGCAAGCCCGCCUCCGCCGACGGCCACCGCGGGCCCAACGCCGCCUUCGCGCCGCCCGCGGCAGAGCCCAAGCUCUUUGGAGGCUUCAACUCCUCGGACACCGUCACCUCCCCGCAGAGGGCCGGGCCUCUGGCAGGUGGGGUGACCACCUUUGUGGCCCUCUAUGACUAUGAGUCACGGACAGAGACUGACCUGUCCUUCAAGAAAGGGGAGCGGCUGCAGAUUGUCAAUAACACGAGGAAGGUGGAUGUCAGAGAGGGGGACUGGUGGCUGGCACACUCACUGAGCACGGGACAGACCGGUUACAUCCCCAGCAACUAUGUGGCGCCCUCCGACUCCAUCCAAGCCGAGGAGUGGUACUUUGGCAAGAUCACUAGAAGGGAAUCAGAGCGGCUACUGCUCAACGCCGAGAACCCGAGAGGGACCUUCCUCGUGAGGGAGAGUGAGACCACAAAAGGUGCCUACUGCCUCUCCGUAUCCGACUUCGACAAUGCCAAGGGCCUAAAUGUGAAACACUACAAGAUCCGAAAGCUGGACAGCGGCGGGUUCUACAUCACCUCCCGCACCCAGUUCAACAGCCUACAGCAGCUCGUGGCUUACUACUCCAAACAUGCUGAUGGCCUGUGUCACCGCCUCACUACUGUCUGUCCCACAUCCAAGCCUCAGACCCAGGGCCUGGCCAAGGAUGCGUGGGAGAUCCCCCGGGAGUCCCUGCGGCUGGAGGUCAAGCUGGGCCAGGGUUGCUUUGGAGAGGUGUGGAUGGGGACCUGGAACGGCACCACGAGGGUUGCCAUAAAAACCCUGAAGCCAGGUACCAUGUCCCCAGAGGCCUUCCUGCAGGAGGCCCAAGUCAUGAAGAAACUGAGGCACGAGAAGCUGGUGCAGCUGUAUGCCGUGGUGUCAGAAGAACCCAUUUACAUUGUGACAGAGUACAUGAACAAGGGGAGUCUUCUGGACUUUCUCAAGGGGGAAACUGGCAAAUACUUGCGGCUACCCCAGCUGGUGGACAUGUCUGCUCAGAUCGCUUCAGGCAUGGCCUAUGUGGAGCGGAUGAACUAUGUGCACCGGGACCUCCGAGCUGCCAAUAUCCUAGUGGGGGAGAACCUGGUGUGCAAAGUGGCCGACUUUGGGCUGGCCCGGCUCAUAGAAGACAACGAAUACACAGCCCGGCAAGGUGCCAAAUUCCCCAUCAAGUGGACCGCCCCUGAAGCUGCUCUGUACGGCAGGUUCACCAUCAAGUCGGAUGUGUGGUCCUUUGGUAUCCUGCUGACAGAGCUCACCACUAAGGGAAGAGUGCCCUAUCCUGGGAUGGUGAACCGUGAGGUUCUGGACCAGGUGGAGCGGGGCUACCGGAUGCCUUGUCCCCCUGAGUGCCCUGAGUCCCUGCAUGACCUCAUGUGCCAGUGCUGGCGGAAGGAGCCCGAGGAGCGGCCCACCUUCGAGUACCUGCAGGCCUUCCUGGAAGACUACUUUACGUCCACUGAGCCGCAGUACCAGCCCGGGGAGAACUUAUAGGGACCGUGUGCACAGAACUGUCACCUCUAGGCUUCCAGGUGUCGCCUCUGAUGCACCUGCCACCCUUCAUCCUCUCUCUGGGGCUGUGCUGCCUCGGCGAUGCCCCUUUUGGAGCAUGGAAGGGCUUCAGGGACGGGGCAGCCUGGAAGGACAGGUGGAGGCUGGUACAGUGACUGUCCCACGCCUGCCAUGGCCACAGGCUCUCUCUGUGCAUCCUCUUCGGAGUUAGCCUGCUUCUCGCAGGACACUUGUGACGAGCAGAGCUGGGGGGUGGUUUUCCAGCCUCAACCCACUCCACUUACCUGGUCCGUCCCACUUCCUUCACCCUGGGUCUGUUUCAAGCUGGCCAGAGAGCCUUUCCAAAGAGGAAUGAGGCCCAGGCCUUGGCUAUAAUGUCCUUCCUGCCUCUGGCCAUCCUUGUCGGAGGCUUCUGGGUGGAACGCUGGGUCUAGAACCUUCUUCUGUGGCUCUCAGGCGAGGCAGCCCAAGGCCCAACACCAGUUGGGAUAAGUGUCAGAGUGAGCACCCCCUCAGCCCCGUCCUCCACAAGGGACCCUUGAGAUCACCGACACAUCGGCCCGUUUCUCUGUUGAAAGGAACUGAAUCCAGGAGGGGCUGUGACCUGCACAAGACCAGGGGCAGUUUAGGGUUGAGGUGGGCUUGGCACCUGGUGCUCCUUCUGUUUUCCUCAGGAACUAAGGAGAACUGUCCUCCAAGGCAGUGGGCAGCGUGGGGCCUGAGAGUGGCUUCAAGUCGGCAGGGUUCUGUUGCCCCUGAUGCUCACGGGUCUGUCCUGGGGGAAAAGGCAAGCAGGAGGCUGAGCCAGGAGCGAGGGGUAGAAAGUGAUGGUGUGGAGCAGACUUCCGUCCACCACAGUGGCUUUGACUGUAAGAGCCAGCCACGGGGUGGAGUGAGCUCUCAGGCUGCAGAGGCUGUCAAGUAGAAGAGGAGAGCUAAGGAGUGGGGAGUCUGCUCCUCCCUUUGUCCUGAUCAUUUCAACACCCAGCCCUUGCUCUCCUGCCUGUGCCAGGGCUCCCUAACUCAGGGAGGGAGGGGAAAGGAGGGCGAGGGUCCUUACUGCUGUGUACCAACACUGACCCCGCCCUCUUUAAGCUGUACUCUGCCCGUGACUGUGGCCUCUGCCAUUGCUUGGUCCUGGUCCCCGUAUUGAUACAUCCACAGCUGGGCAUCCAAGGGGGCCCUGGAACAGCUGACUGCCUGGCCCCUGGCUCCUCUGCCCAGCCCUUGGGUUGUGUGGUGGCUUCUCUCUGCCUCAGUGUCCCUGUCUGUAAGGUGGGCAGUUGAGGAUUUGUAGCAUCUCAACCAAGGGCCCCCGUGUGUGUGUGUGUGUGUGUGUGUGUGUGUGUGUGUAUACACAUACGUGUGCCUGUGUGUCUUCCCUUGUGUCCAUAUUUAACAUGUAAGAACAUCCCUACUCUGUCCCCAGACACGACCAUUUCACCCAUUGCCCCAUCACAGCAAUAAUGUCUCCGCUGCCGGGGAUCUGAGCCAGCCAGGCCGUGCUUGCAGAGAAGGAUGCCAAACAGGGCCUGCCCUGACAGUUCCACUUUCCUCCCAGAGUCUCCCCGUGCGCCUGGUGAGCCUGAGCUUGCCACCUGGUUCUCCCUGCCCGACUCCAGCUGCCCAAGGACCUUUGUGUACGGUGGCCUCAACUGUCUGGUUUUCUUUUUUUCUUUCUUUUUUAACAGUGUUUUGUAGAUUUCAGAUGACUAUGCAGAGGCCUUGGGGGGGCCCCCCCAGCUCUGGGCAGGGCUUGGGGAUCCCACAUUCCAUGGCCCAGGCUCGGGGGAGGGGGACCCAGACUGGUUGUACAUAUUUUGCAUACUGUCUGAUUAAACACAAACAGACCUCA